GUAAAACUCAAACGUUUAUUAAAAAUACACUACCAACGCGGUGACUUCCAGUUGUGGUUUGUCGCUGGUUGCUUGCUGAUUGGGUGCCCGUUGCCUGCUGAUAAGGACGCGAAGCUAUAGGAUGCAUACGUGAAAUUACGGUUAUUGGCAGUGUAUCUCAAAAUGAUGUGGAAAUUCGGCGUUUUGACAAUGCUGUGGAGGCAAGACAGCAAAGGUUAACGUCCUCAAAAAUAUAGCUCCACAUGACUCCGCAUGAAAAGUUUCAAAUAGAUUGAUAGUUCACGAUAAAAAAUUUGAGGAAAAGGGAAAGGGUGGAAUGUGCGAUCGAUAUUCAAAGAUAAUCGCGAUUCUGCAUAAAUCACAAAACAAUGAACUGCAUCGUUCGCCACAAGGACGCCGACAUGAGCUUUCAAAUGAGGUGCGUUGCGGUGGAAAGCGAGCGGGUAUUUGGCGACGUGAUCGUCACCCAACAAACCCCGAAACUCAUUCCUCGGAAUAUCUACCCUGACGAUGUUCCUUUAAUUUGUGGACGCCGCGAUCGCAAUCAAGCACACGAAAUCCUGGAGGCUCCGGACUUCAUGGCUAUGAACAGACGACGCGUUUUCAGGCAUCGUCGAAGCGUUCCAGUUCCCGAAAUUCUCGAAAAACGUCCAGUGACAGUCAGAAGAUACAAAUCUAUGGAUGAAACUCAAAAACAAAAUGUGGCGCCCGUUAACUGCAACGCGAACAAUGAAGUCCAGAUGCUCUCCGGGCAUACCAAGCGGCGUAAGGAAUAUCCCUCGCCUUUGAUGGGCGCUAGUUACAAGUGUCAGGAGGUGGUCGUUUCUUCAUUGGUGGACCAACUUCUUUUGGAUAUUUACGGUUUACCCGGGGGUGAACGGGGUCGUUCCGAGAGUGAGUCAACGGCGUCAUCGGUCAGACUUCCUCCCCAGCCUGAUUAUCUGCAACGAAAACGUCUCGUAGUCAAAACUAUUGUCGAGCUACGAAUACUGGUCGAAACACUCAGAGAACACGUUAACCACGCAGGAGCACUUCUGAUCCGUCAACUCCGACGAAAAGAUCAUCUGGUGGCGAAACGUGAUAAACAGUACGACGUGAUUACCGCACAUUUGCAAGCACUUAGUGAGAAGCGCAGUGAAGAUACGAAGAUGAGGUUCAGCGUGGCACCACAACCUGGAGAAAGCGGAUUCACGCAAUGGCUGGAUGCCAUGAAGAUGGUCGCUCGACUUCCAGGCGGAAUUCCGUCGGAAUUCCGAAAGAGAUUAUGGCUCACGCUUUCGGAACGACAUUUACAACAGCGCGGAGUUGAUUGGAGACAGGCAGAAAAGCUCUGUUUCAACGAGUGGAGCAAUCCGGACGACGAAGAACUCGGCAUACAGAUCGUUAAGGACCUUCACAGGACGGGAUGUAGCCUUUUUUGCGGGGCGGCAGGGAGAGACAAUCAAGCGGUACUUCGACGGGUUCUUCUUGGAUUCGCUCGUUGGAAUAAGUCAGUCGGGUAUUGUCAAGGGUUGAACGUACUGGCCGCCUUGGUACUUCAGGUCAUGGAUCGGGCGGAGGCAGCGGCGGUCAAGGUCAUGAUUUAUCUCAUCGAAGGUGUUUUACCAGAGGGUUAUUUCGCGGAUAAUCUUCGAGGACUUUCCGUAGACAUGGCUGUUUUUCGGGACCUCCUAAGAUUGAGAUUGCCAAAGCUCUCGCGUCACUUGGAGGCACUUCAGAGCGACGCCAAGGACAAAGCGACCGGAAGCAGUUACGAACCCCCCUUGACCAACGUCUUCACGAUGCAGUGGUUCCUCACCCUCUUUUGUCAUUGUUUACCCCAGGAGGCGGUGCUCCGUGUCUGGGAUCUCAUUUUCCUGGAGGGGGACGAAGUCUUGCUGCGAACCGCGCUCGCAAUUUGGGAAGGGCUUGCAGAUCGAAUAAUGACCGUAAGUUCAGCCGAUGAAUUCUACAGUAUAAUGGGAGUCCUGACGAGGGAAAUGCUGGAAUUCACAGACACUAACAAUCUCGUAAAGGCGAUCGUGAGCACGGGACCGCUGACUGGGGUGAAAGCACUUCGGGAAAAACAUCGUUACAACAUAACACCAUGGGUAAGAAGACUCAGUGACGACGAUGAGACGGAGACGGAGGAAGAUGAACGUCUAGCCGUAGCAGCCGCAAUGUUCGGGAUGUCGCAACGAGGAAAAAAAGACCGAGAAUCGUCGUCGUCAAGCUCUCUGCAAACUGUAGCUGCCAGUAACGAUCGAGAAAGACUGGCCCUGGACAUAAGCACGCUAAAACAGCAGUACGCCAAGCUCAGGGAGCGGCAACGGCAGGCUCACAUAAUACUUUCCGCUGCGUGCGCGAGACAAUCACUGGUUCCUUCCGCAACUUCGCAAGCGAUGAACCAUUUGCUGGUGGGAAAAAGCGCGCUGGUUAGCGCCAAGGUACGGCAACUGGGACCUCCUCCGGGAGCGGUUCCUCCCAAGACGAGAAUCGGACCACCGCACAGCCCGAAGAAUCCCAGUCGCAAGGACAAACAAGAGAUCACUUUACACUGGAAAGAUACGAAGAGGCGGAAGGAAAGCAAGGGAGACGUUACAAGGGGUGAAGAAAGAUCUGGCAAUCUUGCGGUAACCUCAGCGGCCGGAGGAAUGUCUGUCGCUCGAUCAACUUCACCGAGGCAUAGUGCCAGUGCCAGUGCCAAUGUUGACAGCGACAGUGACAGCACAUCGACUGAACUAUGUGACGAGCCCGAUCGUCUCAGUGACGUUGACAGCGAGGAACCCACUUCAACCUCCGAUUGCUACGUAAUGGCAACUGACGAUGAGAAAAGCCCUCGAAGGGAAGGCUCUGGCCGAACGCAGGGUAAUGAAGGAAAAUCAAGCUUAAGAGAAUCGAGAACGAUUCCCAGCCGUCCGGAACAGGAGACGAGGACCACGGAUUGCGAGGAGACUUCAAUAGCUGAGAUAACCGAUCAGAUCCGCAGAUUGUCAGCUCAUAAUGAGGGAGCGGUGAGAUAUGAGGUGGCUAACGAAUCAUCCGAUGGGUUUCAACGCGGUUCUGUGUUUGACGGCAAAGAUGUAGAGGCCAGUGUAAAUCGAACGAAUGACGAAGUGAAAAAUCCUUCGGAACUUUUAGAUGGUUUUGGAUUUUCAAUUCGCACAGCGAGCGGUAGUCGAGGCGAAAGUAGCUGCGAGUUAAUAAAAGACGAUGCCAAAGUACCAUUACAUGGCGAAUAUCAGCUAUCGGAAGAUAGACCGUUGACUCUGGAAAUGUCCAGAAGUGAUUCUAGAUCACGUUUGGAACCGAGAGAUGACCUCGUGAAGGGUAAACUCAAUGAGAACACAUUCGCUACGGAAUUUAGUGGGCAAAUAGACGCGGUAGAUACUCGGAGUGUCUCUGAGAUCACACCUGACCUCGCGUCUACGAAUUUUGAUAAAGAGCUAGAUACUUUAGAUUCGAGUGUUAAAAAAUUUCGGACUGAGCUAGAUUUUGGUAGCGAUGCUUCCGUAGUUGGAAACGUUCCUUCAGUAGCAAUGAGUAGUGAGAAUUCGAAUAAAGUAGUUGCCGAAUUGAAGCCUUACUCCAGAUCUUACGUGAUAGGACAUCUUCCAAUCUCUCCGAUAAACUUAGAGCAGAAACUCAACUAUUCGGCUGAAUUCCCUUCGCCUACGAGCCCCGUCAAUGUGGCAGCAAUGGAAACUCAGGAAUUCAGGUCUACGAUACGCGAAUCGCAGAACAAAUCGAAUGGAGUAACCGUAAAUAUUAGGAGCAUGGAGUUCGAUGGAAGCAUCGAACUGCCCCGAAACGGUACAAUAAAACGUCAAGUUUCAUUGUCUAGGCUACAAUUAGAGUCUGGCCCCAAAACGCCAGGAAGCGACAAGUCGUCCAGUUCUGGCGAAACCAUGGGCCCUGAUUCAAAAACUUCUAGUUUAACGGUCAGUCCUCGAACUCCCCCGGGGUUUGAAUCCCGUGAUUUUCAUGCCGAUAAGUCUGUUGGAUCUUCCGUGAGCUCGGAAUCCAAGACAUUGACUCUGCAUUCGGUCGGUUCCGAUGAUCAGAAUGUCCAGUCAAAAACGGAAACAAAAAUUACAUCCCGCACAAAGUCUAGCUCGCCAUCUCUCAUCAGUUUCGAUUCGUUCAAGAGUAAUUCAAAUUUAAGUCCAAAAUUGGAAGCGAGCAGUUCAAGUGACUCGUGCAGCCCAGAGAGAAAAAAGUCUUCCGAAAGAUCAUUUAGCUCGGAUCUUCAAUCACCGAUAAGUGCCAAUUCUAUUAAGUUCACUUCGAACUGCAAGGGAAGUCGCGGUACUUUCUCAGAUUCUCCAGUCAAUCUUUGCUCCGCCACGUCUCCGUUUUACCCGAUCGCAAGACCGAACGAAAAGACGCCAUCACCCUACCACAGUACAACAAAGCAGCGGAGCAGCGCGACGGACAGUACGGAAACUUCGCCGGAGCAAAAAUCGACCUCAUCUUCAAAGGGGUCGACGAAAUUAACAAUAUUCGAAUCCGCGGAAGAUCAAGCCGCUGGAAACGAUGAGGGAGCUCGAGUGGAGCUGAGUAAGAGUACGGUGGAGGAUUUUCGGUAUAGCUUUGAUAAAGAUAGAACGCAGAAGACCGAUCUCGAUUCUUCACUUUCAACUCACAGACGUAAAACGGAAGAGGAGAACGCUGCGGGAGGUUACGGAAUGGAUUACUCGAAGAGCUAUCGGAUGGGGUCACAGUUAAACAAAAGCGAACUUGAAGAUCAAUACGCUGAUGAAGAUACAGUGUCGCCUUUGCCGCGUGAAAAAUUGGAGAAACUUGUAAUAUUCCAUGAUAAAAAUAGAAGCUUACUGGACAGGAAAACGGAAUUCGAAAUCAGCGGAGACUACACAAAGCCGUUUGAAAGAAGCUUUAGCAGCUUAGACAAAAGAUUUACCGACCCGAAAGUCUCGUCACCUGCCGAUGAGUUCAGAAAGACUAGUUGUCUGAAGAAAAGAUCCAGCGAUAUUUUAGAGGAUUUGAGACACAUUGAAGUUAAAACAUCUGGAGACGGAAGAUCUGAGAAUGGUCAGCUCACCAAAAAGACCAGCGAUAUUCUGGAGGAUCUGAAGAGUUUGGAGGCGAGAAGACAAGAUACUUUCAGUGACUCGGCAAGCGGAUUUUCAAAGGUUCGUCUCGGUGAUUUGGAUGUGAACAUCUGUUCUGCCCCCAGGAAACAGUACGUCAUCGAACCAAAAAUCCAAAUUCAAGAGGAUAGCGAAAGCUUUUUGAAUACUUUGGCGCGGGCUUCGGAGAGCAGCGAUGGGAGCGACGACAAGGAGCCGAAACUGGGCGUUUGGACGAAAGUUAAACCCCGAAAAAAAAGCGACAAUGGAAGAAGAAGCAGUGACAGGGCGCUGAAGAUAAUUCAGGAGAAUUCCGCGAUUCUGCACAGAAUUUUGACAUGCCAGGCUAAAAAACGAUUGCCAGAUUUAGAGGAGAUAUCAAAGAUCACCAUUAGCCCGAUCAAUGAAGAAAUUUCGAAAAUAUUCAGUCCUAUUUUAGAAAAAAUCGGCCUCAACGAACAUGAGAUUAACGAGGAGUUGGCCAGAAUAAAUUUCAAAGACUUUGAUCAACUGUCAGUGACCUCGGAAUUCGACGCCAAAAUAAACGACGAGCUUUCAAAACUCUCGCUAAUCGAUGAUUCCGAGGAGAUCGAUCACAUGGUUUUAGACGAAGCAUUGUCGAAGGAUUACCUAGACACCAGAGAAGCUCUCAUAGAUAGACAGAUAAACGAAGAACUUUCAAAAUUGCUAGCCAAUUAUGAAGAACGCCCCUCGUCGUCGGUGGGACUACCGCGACAAGAAAAAGGUUCUUCUAGUCAGAAUAUCAGUGAGCUAGAGGGUCUGGAUCUUUCGAGUAUUUCAACGAACGUAUUUUCUCACAAAUCAUCAAACGAUUCGAUCGAGACGAAAAGCGAGCUCGGUUCAAUUCAGGAAAUGGUGAUAAAACCGGAAAAAUUGUACGACUACAAUGACAAGCCGAUAUCAUAUCCUCCUCCAAAAUACACCCUCCAAGACAUAUCGCCUAAAAGUGACAUCGACAUUUACCGGGAGCUUGAAAAAUUGGACAAGAUAUCAGCUGGGGAAAUAUACCCAAGCGUUCAACCGGUCGUAGCUCCAGAGAUAAUCUCAACUAAGCCGUAUUCGUCCGAUUCGCUUUCGUAUUCAGAGAUGAUUUCACCGAUUUUGAGUCACCCUGCAAAGUCUGAAAAACCAUUCGAUUCGUCGCCUCUAAGAAGUCCCUACGACACGUACAAACCUUAUGAUUUUAAGUCUAGAAUUUCACCCAGAAAAACUCCCGGCAAUCCGUACUCCGUUCGAUCUUAUGAGAAAUCUUCGAUAGAAUCCAGCUUUGAUUUCAGUGAGCAUAAAUCCAUACCUUCGUCCCACGUGUAUGACCUCUCACCGAUCAGACCAGUUCUGUCCAAAGAAACACUAGAGUUCCGUGUGAGGUACGACGAUGAACCGUCCCAGCAGACUCGUGGUGAAGAUUUUAACAUUCGACCUUUCGAAACCGACAUAGCCGAUCUCAACAAGGGCGCUGCUUACUACGACACGAACACGGCGGAGCCCGUCAAGUAUUUUUCUCGGGACGAAAGCUUGGGCUCUGAUAAAGAAAUUGGUGAUUCAACGAUGGACUUUAAAUACAAGUCAGAGAGUUAUCACCGAAAGUACCAAGAAGUUUCUCCCGAGGACUAUUCCUACCAACAAAAAUCGGAUUACAAUAGAACAAGUUCCUACAUUCUGCCAUCUCCGAUUCGCGAGGACGACGUCGUUCAGGGUGCCCACUUGUCAGUUCGCCGAAGGGAGUCCCACUCUUUGUCGCCUAGUCAUCAGUUCGUCAGCCGUAAACUUCCUGUACCGGUGAAUGCUUACGUACCGAAGCUUUCUCCUAGUCUAGAAGAUUUUUCCAAAAGACCGGUUUCUCAUCCUGAGUUCUUGGAUAAAAUGAACGUAUCAAAAUAUACGGAUCACUCGAGUCAGGGAUCGAACAAUUAUAGAAAGUCAUCUUUGAGCCUAGGGAACAUAGGAUAUCCUACUAACAAUAAGUCUACUACUAGAAGUUUAGAAAAAACGCCGAGUCCACAAAGUCAAUUCAGUCCAUUUCCAGUCAGAAAUACCGUCAGAAAACCGAAAGAGCUGGGGCUAAAACUCGGAUUGUAUUCACCAACAAGUCCCGGGAGCGCUGCAGGACAGAUAAAACGAACGCAUUAAUGUCAUAUCGAUACACGUUCCUCGGCACAAAACUUUAGCUAAGCUAUUUUUCAGGACUUUGUUAUUUGUUUUUGGAUAUCCUCAACCGACGAGAGAAAGAUAUUGAAAAUAAAAGCUAGAUGAUACCUAUAAGUCCCAACGCAUAUUGAAUCAAGCAGAAAGCAAAAAAUUUCAUGCAUACCAUACAACUUACACAAUAAUUGAGCAUGAUAUAUUUUAGCCAGCUAUUUUAAAUAUACCUAUAGAGAUCGCUGUGAAGUGUCCAAAUCGUGUUAUACAUACGUAACAAAGUGAGCCUAUAAUUUCUCUUUUCUGAACGACCGUAUGCUUGUAUUUGAGCUUUUAUCUCGUCCGCGCCGAGGUGAUUGCGUUUCGCAAGGGCGGUUACUCGAAUAAGUUUAGCGUAUGUACCUAGAAAAAUAAGUCAAACGCUCAGAUUAAGAGUCCGCAAGACUUGAUUCUGAGUCCCAGUUAACAUGUGUGACGACUUGAAAGUGAUUAGGAAAUAAUGAUAAAUUGUAAAGAAGAGAAACAAAAGAAUAUAAAUAUAUAAAUGUAUAAAUAUAUUUAACGCGAGUCAAAGAAUGUUUCUUUUAUUUUUGACGCAAAAGCAGAGCUUACUAUAUACCUAUACACGUUACGAUACACUAGAUAUAUUCAUAUAUACUAUUUUAACGAACGGCUAUAAUUUUCUACCGUCUCCUUUCAUAGUACUCAUAAAAGAAAAAGUAGGCUAUGUUGAUUUACUGUAAGUCACCAUCGAUUCAUGUCGUGAUGUAUCCUGUCUAUGAAUAAUUUAAAGGUUGACGUAAUGUGUUUGAUAAUUCGCUUUCCGACGGUGAAAUUUUUUUUUUCUCCUCUUUUCCCCAAGUCGUAAAAGUUCACAUUACCGAUGUAUUAGGUUCACUUUGUUCGAUUUUGCUGCGAUGAAGGAAAAAAAAAAAAACGAGAAAAACACUUGACGAAAACUGUUGUUGACAAUAUAUCUACAAAUAAAUCAUUGAUUAUCAUUGCGCGACGUGUUGUGCGAUAAAAAAUAAUUGGUGGUGGCAGGUUCGAUAGAAUGGAAUAUUACGAAAGUAAUAGAAUGCUGAAAAUGAGUGUUUCUAGUCCUAUAAAGAAAAAUAAAUAAAAAAUUGGGAAUAAAAUUAAGCUAAAAAGUUUAACUAUAGAUGAGUCUAUAAUAAAUGAAUAAGUCCUAUAAAGAUCGCUAUAAUGAAUAACAAGUUUUUAAGUGAAUAAGUGAAUUGUAUGAUAUGCUCUACAGCUUCGUGAGGUUUUAUUGUAAAUAGAAGCGUAUAAUGGUAUCGGCUGAUAAAAGACUGUACAGUAGAAAGGCAUAGCCAUAUAAGGAAUCAUGAAGAAAAUUACACUUAAUAAAAUGAUCGAAAGAAAUUUA